AAUGAAUUUGAUUUUUGAUCAAAUGCCCUUCUCGAUCUGUCUCUUGGUUAAAUUAGAUUUAAUUGUUCCUCUUUUAAAAAGUAAUUUUAAUUUUAAUUAAAAGUCAUGGGAUCAGGAAAUAGCACUCGUCGGGUGACCAUUGUCAAUGAAAGUGAUAGUGUUCUUAAGCUUUCCGACUCUGUGGUUGAAAGAUUAAGGGAAGGAGUUGAAAAAGAUCGCCCUGUAUCUGGACAACAAACUAGACAGUCAACAUCAUCUUCCUCCAUUCAAGAUGAACCUCAAUAUGUUUCUCAGCCUCCUCAACAUCAUCCUGGUGGUGGAUCAUAUUUCACAAUGGAUACACUUAGACUUCGUCAGCAUCACCAGGAAGAGAUUGACUCGCUCCAAAGGCAUUACCAGGCCAAGACUGAACUUUUGGAAAAGCAUAAUCGAUCAUUAUUUGAUGCUUCAAAAUCAAAAUUAGAAAACAAAUUGAAUCAAGUUGAAGAGAAAUAUAUUUCAUCUCAUAGACAUGAGCCCGUUUGUGUUGAAGCCUCGAGAAAUGUUGAAUUUUGUUUUAACGAUAAUCAAAAGAUGCCUUUGAAGUGUUCAAAGGUAGCGAAAGAUUUUAUUAAUUGUGUAGAUUCAAUUAGAAGGCAAGUGAUCAACGAAGCUGCUUAAAUAACCAAACAAUUCAACUAAUUAUUGUCUUCAAUUGUUUCAAAUCAAUGAGAGAGAAAAAGAGAGAGAUACAAAAUAUAUUGAUACUAAUUAUCAAUUUAUAAGCAAAAUUGAUCAAUUUUGUUUCAGAAAAUGAUGAUGAUGGAAAAAUAAUCUAAAUCUCUUCUCCAUCAUCCUUUGUAUAGAAUAGACUUGCGAUAUUAAUUCCCAUCAGCCUUAAAAGUUGAUAAAUAAAUUCUACUGUUGAAAGAA